AUGUUCAAUACGAAUUUUCUAAGAAACAUCGUCCUCGUCGACAACCAAAGCGCAUCGACUAGAAUGCUGAUAAUCGCGUUAUUCCACAUUUUAACCAGCACUACCGUCAGCAGAUGUUCAAAGUUCUCGAUCGCCUGGUCAGCGAUAUCAACGAUCGAUGCCCACAACUACGUCUCGGACAUUGUUGUUCCAGUUUCAGUUCUUUUUCCAAACAAAAUCGCUAAAUGUACGGCAAAUCAAGUCGAACAAUUGUGUGCCGAUUUUCCCGAGGAUCUUCAAGAUCCAGACGCAUUACUUGCGGAGAUGGAAAUUAUUGGUGGUGCCAUUGAGCAGAGUGAAGCAAAGAAUCUGCGAGAAGCGGCCAGAUUUCUUAAGGAAAAGCGUUUCUUUUAUCCAGCCCUUGCGAAGGCAUAUCAGCUCGCGUUAACGAUUCCGAUCUCAGUCGCUAGUAACGAGCGCAGCUUCAGCAAGUUACGAUUGGUGAAAAAUUAUCUCCGGUCAACAAUGAAAGAAGACCGCCUGGACUCUUUGAUGAUAUUAGCAUCAUCGCCCGACAUCUUAGACAACGUUGAUAUUGACAAGAUAGCUGAUUCCUGGUCAAAUCUUAAAGCAAGAAGAGUUAAAAUCUAG